UUGGGUAUAAAAGGCAGCUUUUGGAUUUCGUGGCUUCACUCUCAUUGGCGCCACCAUGGAGAGAACUGUGCUCCAAAUCAGCAUCUUCGGGCUACUUUUGGCUUUUGGCACCACUCAACCUAAGGAUGACUGGGAGAUCUACAGCUUUCACAUCAACUCCACGGUGACCAGUCGUUACGCUACCACCAUCAUCACCAGCCGUGUGGCCAACCGUAAAGACGAAUCCCAAGAAAUCGAGUUCCACGUCCGGAUUCCCAAGAAUGCCUUCAUCAGCAAAUUCAGAAUGUUUAUGGACGGCCAGGUGUAUGAUGGGGUCGUGAAGGCUAAAGAAGCGGCUGAGCAGCAGUACACUGAUGCUGUGUCUCGCGGUGAAAGCGCUGGCAUCGUCAGCUCAGUUGGGAGGACUCUUGAAGAGUUUAAGACCUCUGUGACAGUGGCCGCUCACAAAAAGGUGACCUUUGAACUCACCUACGAGGAACUACUCAAACGCACGCUGGGCAAGUACGAGCUGCAGAUCCACGCUCGCCCCAUGCAGCCCGUCAACGACUUCAAGGUGGAUGUGUACAUUCAAGAAAAUGCAGGAAUCAGUUUCAUCUCCGUUAAAGGUGGAUUGAGCACCGGCGCGCUGGCUAACGCUGUCACCAAAACGCAUGCAGACACAGAGGCCUGGGUUCAUUUCUACCCGACAGUGGAUCAACAAAAAACAUGUGACAGCUGUGGAGACAAGGGUAUGAACGGAGAUCUGGUUAUAGUUUAUGACGUCAACAGAGACAGGUCACUGGGGGACAUCAAGACAUCAAGUGGAUAUUUCGUCCAUCACUUUGCUCCAUCGCAACUUGCCCGCAUUCCAAAGAAUGUUGUCUUUGUCAUUGAUAAAAGUGGUUCCAUGCGUGGCAAGAAAAUAGAACAGACCCGCACGGCAUUAAUCCAUAUCCUGAAUGACCUGGCAGAGGAUGACUUCUUUGGUCUCAUCACUUUUGAUAGCUCCCUGUAUUACUGGAAGCAAGAACUUGUUCAGGCCAACUCACAAAAUGUGAAAAGCGCCAAAGAAUUUGCAGGGAACAUUCGAGAGCAUGGAGGCACAAAUAUUAAUGAAGCAUUGUUGGAUGGAUCACGUAUGUUGAAUGAGAACCCGAGGAAAGGUUCGGCUUCUAUCCUCAUACUCCUCACGGAUGGAGACCCAACCUCAGGUGUGACCAAUCUCGAACAAAUAUACUCAAACGUGAUGGAGGCCAUUCAAGACAAAUUCCCACUCUACUGUCUCGGUUUCGGUUUUGACGUCAACUUCAAUUUUCUUGAGAAGCUGUCCUUGUUGAACAAUGGUGUUGCGCGGCGUAUUUAUGCUGACGCUGAUGCCGAUUUGCAGCUCAAGGGCUUCUAUGAUGAGGUGGCCAAUCCUCUUUUGACAGAUGUGGUGAUGAUCUAUAACGGUGGCACCAAUCUGACCCGGACCAACUUCAGUCAGUAUUACAACGGUUCAGAGAUUGUGGUCGCCGGUCAGAUCACCGACAACAACAUUGAAACCUUCGUCCCAAGUGUUGUGGCCAUUUCGAGGAAUACGAGUAUCAGUUUCUCGGAGAAAAACAGCACGACAAAGUCUACGGACAGCAACAUUCAGAGGGUUUGGGCCUACCUGACUGUCAAACAACUCCUGGAGAAAGAAUUACAGUAUUCGGGAGAUGAGAAGGCGAAAAUGAAGAACGAAAUCUUGAGGCUAUCACUCAAGUACAAUUUUGUGACCCCGCUUACAUCCAUGGUGGUCACCAAACCAACGAAGGACAAGACGGAGGUGCUUCACAAACCCAGCGAGAGCGGUCCACCUCCUGACGAGCGCCCCUCUUUUGGAAUGAGCGGGCUUGGGUCUAUGCCACGGGGCACAAUCACCAGCCAUUCACGUGUCGGAAGUGCUGGCGUUGCUUACAGGCAACAUCGGCCCGUUCCAGUGACACGGUUUUCAACAUCCGCAGGCCGUCAACGUAUGCCUGGUUUUCCCGGCUUUCAUGGUGUCCUCGGGAGCCUACCAGACAUGGCGUACGACAUCGCAGUUGAUAUGCCCAGGCUUCAGCACCUCCCAAUGCCAAUCUUACCUACCAUUCCGGGAACCUCAAAACCUGUUGAACCGAGCAUCCGUUUUUUGCUCCCAGCUGAGAAUCAGUCUCUUCCACUUUGUUUUGAUAUCCCUGCAAGUACUCAACUUCGACUCCUUCACCUCCCCAGUGCCGGACUCUCUGUGAAUGGUGCGCUGGAUGGAAUAAGAGGCUUCAACAAGAUAGUUGUCCGCCUCAAACCGGACGUCAACGUUAUCGUUAGCGUGAGUGGUGUCUCCACUUAUGAUGGACGAGAUGGACAUUUGUCAUCAUGGAAGAUGGGACAGGAUACCAUCACCGCUGGAAGCGUGACAGUGAUCAAGCAGGAUAUGGAAGUUGACAUCACAGUUGGAGAUAUACGCCUGAUCAUCUUGCUUCAUGAGAACUCAGGAGAAAAGUUCCUCUGGCCAGUUUUAAGACAGAGGUCUUCAGACGUUGACGCUGAAGGAAUUUUAGCGCAAAAAGCAGCCGUUUAUGAAGAAGUGCACCAACAUAUGACAAAACUUAAAAUCAAAGACCAGGAAAUCAUUGUUUCCAGAUCCUCGGCUGCUGACUACAGUUUUUCCCCAGCUGUGAUUAUGUCCUGCUGGCUCGUGCCUGCAGAGUCAGCGCUACGAUCACAACUCAGUCAUUUCACUGCCUUGGUUAUUUAAUGACAAGGCGGGCUUUUAGAGACAUUUCACUGAGUGCGAAACAUGCACAUUCAUCGUGCCUCGAUAAUAAACGCUUGCCAAACUGA